UAACCCAGCGGGUGCUGUAAACAGUACGUUGGCGGUUCACACCAGUUCAGAAGUAAGGUAUCUUAAAUUGCACUCGACAAUGUUGUGAAUACUUUAAAAUGCUUGAAGCCAUACUUGAUGCCUUCCAUAACGUGUAAAGUAAGAAGUUAGCCUGUGUUAAAAAGUGGUGAUCCCUGCAGAUUACCAAGGCAUCCAGUCUCCCAGCAAGUGCCAAGAGGCAUUCAUUCAAUGCUCCGCUGACACCAAUUUGCCCAAAGUUCACACAGCAAGAAGCCAAGGACCCACCGAGGCUGUCACUUGGAAGAGGUCAUUGUUGUUGCAUCCAGCAUCCCAGCCUGACUGCCUAGACAGGUCCCGCAGGUUGCUGAAUGGCAGAGGUGCAGGCUGCUCCACAGCAAGAUGUGAGACCAGUGUGGCAGAGUAUGAUGUGUACACAAUGAGGGACACACUGUAGCCAACCCAGUAGAUUACCCGUGCUGCAGUGCUGAUUGGGUCCUCACCUUGUUGUAGGAGAGCUGACAACAUGUACCAGCCAGCAGCAACUCCCAUGCUAACAGGCUUCUCCCCCGUGGGUAUGUAGCACCUCUGGAGUCGCUCGAUGAAGAAGAGGAUGCUGGCGAGGCCUGUCGUGUUAGCCGGGAUGCGCCGGUACAGAGCUGUGUCCGUUGGGGUUGUGUAGGCAAGCAUCUUCUUGGCAAGGUCCUCGUAGGUGGCCGCAAACAGUUUACGGCUGUGGGAUGAGAACUUGUCUUGUGAAUGUGACGUUGGGAGGAGGGAAGCACAGGGGAGGAGGAGGACGAGGAGGAAGAGAGUGAAGAGUCACAAGAGGAGGAGGAAGGUGGAAAGAAAGAGGAAGGAGAGGAGGAGGAGGAGGAGGAGGAGGAGGAAGAUGGAGAAGGAAAGGAGAAAGAUAAGAAGGAAGGCAAUGUAGAAUGGAGGCGUCCUUGGUUUAUGUUCAGUAAAGCCCCGUAUUCUUGUCAUGGCAAUGUAGAAUGGAGGCGUCCUUGGUUUAUGUUCAGUAAAGCCCUGUAUUCUUGUCAUGGCAAUGUAGAAUGGAGACGUCAUUGGUCACAUACUGUUCUAAUGUAUGUGCACUUGCCACGCUGUUCACCAGGCAAAAGGCGUUGCAGAAAGAGCGCGAGAUCACUGUGUUGUGGGAGAAGACAGAGUCCCUUAGUGGUCAGCUGGUGACGGUCCACAACCACAGCCACUUUGAAGAGAAUGGCCUGAGCCACGACCACCUUGCUCAAGAAAAUAUCACGUUGACAGAGCUGAUUAAACAACUAGAAGAUAAGCUCAAACUUUCAAAGAUAGAAAUAAAAAACAUCACAAGACAGAAUAGUGAGCUGCAUGCACUUAUCACAGAGUAUAAAGUCACUCCCUCAGAGGAAAAAGACAAGGAUGGCACGUCUUCAUGUGAGAACUCAGAAGCUAAAUGUACAGAUACCAAGGGGAAAUUGCUGGGUCAAGUGGCUACACUGACAUCUGAGGUUAGCAGGUUGGAGAGUGAGUGCAGCAGUCCUUCAGGUUCAGCUAGACUGUGAGAGGGAUAAGUAUAACAAACUGCUGGGAGAAUCUCUUGCUCAUGAAAAGUUGUCUGAAGAUGUCAUAACUGAACCAAAAGGAGAAACAACAGGAUUGGGAGGAACUGAGCUUUAACAGAAGCUGCAACAACUGCAGGAGGCUCACAGGUUCCUGGAGAGCAGGUUAACUUGCAGCAUGAAGGAGGUGGCUGAGCUGAGUGACAGGAAGUAGCAGCUUGAGCAUGCUGUAGUGCAUGAGGAGACAGAGUCCAUCGGUGACUACAUCACCAUCUACCAGUUGCAGCGAGGAGUGAUGAAGCAGCAAGCUCAAGAACGCGAGUUAGACCUUGCCAGCCUCCAUCAUGAAUGAGAGGAAAUGAAGCAAAACCACUCUGCAGGAUUUGAUAUCAAAGCUGGUGCAGGAAAAGGAAGCAGAUCAUGACCUUGAGCAGCUCGAGAAGAUAAGCAGCGUCCUUAAGAGUCCAGUUGCUAUCUUUAGCAACUGGAUAUCUGGAAUGAUAUGAAGCCAUAUGAGACAGGCAAGCACUAUGCUUUGCCUGACUGAUACCUCUACUUUGCAUUUAUGACCCCAGGUAGUUCAUCAGUCUCUCUCUCUCUCUCUCUCUCUCUCUCUCUCUCUCUCUCUCUCUCUCUCUCUCUCUCUCUCUCUCUCUCUCUCUCUCUCUCUCUCUCUCUCUCUCUCUCUCUCUCUCUCUCUCUCUCUCUCUCUCUCUCUCUCUCUCUCUCUCUCUCUCUCUCUCUCUCUCUCUCUCUCUCUCUCUCCCUCUCUCUCUCUCUCUCUCUCUCUCUCUCUCUCUCUCUCUCUCUCUCUCUCUCUCUCUCUCUCUCUCUCUCUCUCUCUCUCUCUCUCUCUCUCUCUCUCUCUCUCCCUCUCUCUCUCUCUCUGUUUGGAAUUAUACUGUAUAUUAGGAAAUAUCAUUAAAGAGUGUGUGUGUAAAAAGUGUUUGCAUUAUUGUGCAUUUGAUGUUAUAGCCCCAGGUUCUUUAAGAACCUGGGGCUAUAAC